GUAUCUGUUUUCCUGCCGCUGGCUCUCUUUGCUCGCUCCGAGACUCAAAGUGCGCAGAAAGGAGGAACAUGUGCGCCGUGCAGCUGCUGCGGGUGUCGGUACAUGAGCGGAUCAGCGCUGCCGCUGAAGACUUUCUGCUGCAGGUGGAGAAAGGAGGAGGAAAGGCUCAAGUCCCGGCGAUGAGAGCGAUGCUCACCGAGCGGCUAACGGCGGCGGCGGAGGAGAUCGUAUCUGUGUUUGAGGAAACCGUGGCGGAGUACGACAGAGUGGAGCGGUCAGAGCGGGAGAUCUGCCGCCAGAGGAGGCUGCUCGAUGCCGUGAUGCAGCCCGAAGUCCGGCUGCACAGAGCAGACUUCCUGCAACUGGUGGUGAGUAAAGAAGAGGCUCCCUCUGAGCAGCAGCAGUGGAGCCCCCUUGUGGACCAGGAGGACCCAGAGCCCCCCCACGUUAAAGAGGAACAGGAGGAACCGUGGACCAAUCAGAAGGGAGAGCAGCUUCAACAACUGGAGGAGGCUGAUAUCAAGUUCACAUUGACUCCCGUCGCUGUGAAGAAUGAAGAAGAUGAAGAGAAACCUCAGUUGACACAGCUUCAUCAGAGUCAGACUGAGGAGAACAGUGCGGACUGUGGAGGACCAGAACCAGCCAGGAACUCAGGUCCUGAUGGACACUUACAACCAGGUCCUGAGGACAAGACUGAAGACUCCUCUGAGACUGAAGACUCCUCUGACACUGAAGUCAGUGAUGAUGAGGAUUGGAUGGAGACCAGGGAACCUCGGUCUUGUUUAAAUACAAGAAAUAACAAACAGCCUCUAAGCGAUAUGAGAUGUAAAACUGACAAGAAAUCAUUUAGUUGCUCUGAGUGUGGUAAAAGAUUUAACCGAAAGUACAAUCUAACUAUACAUAUGAGGGUUCAUACAGGAGAGAAACCCUUUAGUUGUUCUGAGUGUGAUAAAAGAUUUUCGCAUGAUUGUUACUUAAAGCGUCAUGUGAGCAUUCAUACGGGAGAGAAACCAUUUAGUUGCUCCGAGUGUGGUAAAACAUUUGGACUAAAGGGCAUUCUAAAUAUUCAUAUAAGGAGUCAUUCAGGAGAAAAACCCUUUAGUUGCACUCUGUGUGGUCAGAAAUUUAGAGCAAUUGCUGGUUUAAAGAGACAUAUGACAAGUCAUACAGGAAAGAAACCAUUUAGUUGCUCUGAGUGUGGUAGAAAAUGUAAUGAUAAGAGCAAGAUAACUGAACAUAUGAGAAUUCAUACAGGAGAGAAACCAUUAAGUUGCACUAAGUGUGGUAAAACAUUUAGAUAUAAGAGCCUUCUAAAUCGACAUAUGAGGAGUCAUACAGGAGAGAAACCCUUAAGUUGCACUUAGUGUGCAAAAAAUGUAACAAGACGUCCAACAUUAUAUAAGUGACUAUAACACUAAUAACUUCCCAGUUUGAUUUAUUUAGUACAUGAGCAAUAUAAUUUUUUUCAUCAUAUUAUUUUCAGUAUCAUGUGCAAGAUUACUUAACAUUUCCACUUACUGACACUUUUGUUUUGUAUGUUUUUUUCUCAUGUAACUUUAUUUUAUUUUUGCUUCCAUUUAUAUUUACAAUUAAGCCCUGGUUCUCAAUUACUCAGUAUACACUUUAUAUUGCAUUUGCCAUACACUUUUAUUUUCACUUAUUCUUUUUUAUUCUGCAAACGAGCAAAAGAAUUUCCUCCAGGAUUAAUAGUCUUAUCUUCCAUUUAAAUGGUUCCUAUCACUGCAUGAUGUUUUCUCCUUCACUGUGGCAAUAUAAUCUUUUUCUUUUUUUUUAUAUAUAUUUCUUUCUCCCCAUGUUGCACCGACUUGUUUCUUGACACAAAUGACUGCUUAUCCGUAUGUGGCUUGUGUGAUGGUGCACUACAGAGGCCCCUUUAAUUUGCAAUCUCUUUGCACUCAUGAUUAUAACUUAUCUCUUCAAUGCUGUAACCGUUGUAGGGCAGUGUUUGUCUCAUUCGGGUCUUUGUCAGAGCAAGUGGGCACCUCUGAGGAUGUGGUCCAUGGUCUGGGGAGUCUCACCACAGGGGGCUUGGUGUUGAUUCCCCUCUUUUGCCCUGGCUGUUUCCCAGUCCUCCCUGCUGAGAGUAGGCUUAGAAUUUGUGCUUGGCAGGGCCUCGUUGUACAGGCCAGUCACUCUCCCUUCACAUCUGCACUUGACAAAACUGAACUACUUUUCCUUCCUGGGAAAGGCUCUCCCACCGAUGACCUGACUCUUACCUUUGACAACUCUGUUAGCCCCCGCCCAGACUGCUAAGAACCUGGGUGUGACACUCGACAGUCAACUCUCCCUUACUGCCAACAUUAUUGCAACGACCCGUUCCUGUAGAUACAUGCUGCACAACAUCAGGAGAAUAUGUCCCCUUCUCACUCAGAAGGCGGCGC